UCUUCUACCAGAUACAAUAGUGUUACUGAGGCAGCAAACUCUGCUCAACCACAUGACCCACGCCUCAGAGGUGUGAAUUGGAAGGUGAGAAAACGACUGGACCAAACAAAGGACAUUCCUCAACCAACGCCCACACAGGUGCGAACGGCCCAUUUCAUCAUGAGUGCACAACCCCAAUGUGUGGAGGCCAUUCCUCUACACUACCCAAAAGAGGUUACGAACGAUACAGCAAGGAAAGUCUACAAAAACAAAAGACUCACAGAAAACUCAGAGACUUUAUUCGCAGACCUUCAUAAAGAUGGUAGCACCAGUAACCUGAUCUUCUACACCAACCGACCUCAUUCAUGGCACAAAGCCAUCAUCUCAGAAUUCCCAAACGCUGAAAGAAAAGGCAUCUGUGGGGGUUUCCAGCUAAAAAUUAAAAAUGAGGAUGACGUAACAAUGAUAAAUGUUAACAUCUACAAAACAACAGGGAUAGUUGUAGUGAAAAGCACUCAAGGUCUUUUCGAACAAAACUUCCUCAGUAUCAAAGGAAGAUUACAACUGGAACCCGACAAUGAGCAACCCACCACAGAGGAACCAGACAGAACCCCAGUUUCUGAUGAUCAGCAAGAACAUACAGAUCCUCCUAACGCAGAACAACCAAAGGACCUCCAUUCACAUUGCUACUGUACUGACAUGAGAGAGAGAUUUACAGCCCUGGAGGGGGAACUAGUACAGCUCAGAGAAAUUACUCUUUCUCUCCAAACCAUACAAAGCCCAGACCAAUCCGGCAACAAACCCACAGCCAAACAAAAAGAGGGAGACAACAUCAGGAAAGAACUGUCUUCACUUCAGGCCGAAGUGAAGCAGCUAGUGCAAGGAAGGGAGAGGCUCAAGGUUCAGCUGGCAUCACUGGAAACCCAGAUCACACAGCAGACAGAGAGUCAACGGACCCAGCUAACUGCUUUAAGAGAGGAGAUAAGAGAACUGAAACACGAAAAAGAUACCCACCUCACAGCCCUCAACUCCAAAAAUGGUCCAGAACAACAGGUCACCCUUCAAACGGUCCACAGCUCACAGACCUCAUUGUCACAACCCAGCCAAAACCCACCAUCUUCACCAAACCCUUUGCCCAGUACAGAUCAACGCAAUGAACCUGACAACACUCCAACACCCACCGAAGACUCACAGAAAACAGAUAUUGUCCUUCUGAUAGACUCAAAUGGGAAAUUCAUAGACGAAAAAAAGCUCUUCCCCAAACAAAGGGUGUCCAAACUCUGGUGCCCCAACACGCACAGUGCCCUCAGACUACUGAACAAGGACAACCUAGGAUCACCAAGCCACAUUAUAAUUCACACUGGCACAAACGACCUGAGAGCACAACAAGAAAGAGUGGCCACAGCACUCGAAAGGGUAAUCGAAAAAGCUACAACCACCUUCCCAAAUGCCAAAAUCACCAUCUCGACACUGCUACCACGGAAAGACUUCCACCCAGACACAAUUCAACAAAUAAACGCAAAUCUCUCUAGAACUUGUGCACUCAAACCUCAAGUGCACCUGGCACAUCAUCCCACCUUGGACCUUACAUGCCUCUAUGACCAUGUACACCUGUACAGAGCGUCUGUCCCCAUCUUUACAAAGAAAUUAAAAGAUGUUGCUCUAAACCGCAACACAAACAACCCCCCUAGAAGCAACGGAGCAAGGCAGUCCCUACCCAGACCAUGGAUGAACCACACCGCACCUUCUAAAAACAGCCAGAGACUGGGCCCCCCUCCUUGCCAAAACAACAGCCAACAGACCAGAGCACCACCCCUGCUGCCUACACCCCCCACCCGGCAUAUGCAACAGAACUCCAGCAGCCUAAGCUAUGCCCAGACAGUGAGCAGAAACUCCACACCGACAUCUGCACAAGCUCCAACAGCCGAGCUAAAAGACAUCCAUCAGAUGCUGAACCUAAUCUGCUCACACCUACUGUACUAAGAC